AUGACGGAACUCUUUGCUAGGCAGUUAUUACCAAAAAUAUCUGGUGCCUCAAUCCUCAAUCCUCAAUCCUCAAUUAUCGGGCCUCAGGCCUCAGGUCUCAGGUCUCAGGUCUUAGGUCUCAGGUCUCAGGUCUCAGCCCUGUCGUUCCUGCCAAAGUUGUUCACCAGUUCACCAGUCCACCAGUCCACCAGUCCACCAGUUGACAAUCAAUCUGCUCUAUCUGGUCCUGUCCUGUCCCGCUGCUAUCUCCGACCCUCGACCAAGAUGUCCGACUCCUACACCACCCACACCGGCGACAUAAUCGAGCUCCCCAAAUCCUAUUGCUCCCAACACCAGGACGCUGAGGCUCCAAGCAACAUCGACGGCAGCUCUCUCACUAUCCGCGCCUCUCGCACCUCUCCAACCUUGAGCAACACCGAACGCAGCACUAUGCCCGUCCACCUCACCUGCAUCUCCCCGAGCCUCAACAUCGCCAACCGCAAAAGUACCGUCGAUCCUAUUGCGGCUUUGGUAUCCGGUUUCACUUCCACUGAAGCCAAUCGUCGCUCUUCAUGCCGUAGCACGAAUCCUCUGAUUGAGAUUGUGGGCCCGGAUGAGCUACGCAAGAGAGCACCUGCCACGCCGCCACGAUUACCACCUCAGCCGUCGGUAGAGUACCUCUUGAGCAGGAAGAAACAGACAGGAAAGAGAUCACUCGGGAAGAAGGGGAGUAUCCAGAGCGUUGCUAAUCUGACUACCGUGAGCAUGGUUUACAAUCAGUACGGGGAGUUGGUUGAGGAGAGGGAAUUGAAUGUCUCGCCGAAGAGCGAGGAUUUGAAUGUUACACAGCUGCUGAGGGUUAUUAGAAAGGCGUAUCAUCACGAGCUCCGAGAUAAGGUUGGCAAGAUCAUCACCCCACGCCCCGAUGGAAAAGCCUCUGUGCUUGUUGAUGACGGCAUCUGGAAGAAUAGACUCUCUUCGUGGGACUUCAAGCACGCGCCUCGGUCACCAAAGGCGCAGGAAGAUAUUCCAAGUGAAACUCACUCCGUUGCUGUGUACCAUGGUCCACCUCGCGUCCUUGAAAUUGGAUGUGGGGAUGGCAUGUGGUGCUUCGGUUUCAAGAAGGAACAACCGGAUUGGUUCGUCGAGGGCGUCGAUGAUACAAACCAUUGGUCGUGUAUCGAUAGAGAGAUCGAACUCGAGGACUUCAUGGUUCCAAACCCUGAAGCAGGUCCAGCUCAUCUUGGUAACCAUUUCAGCCUCGUUCACACCAGCCAAAAGGCACCAGAGUUCACGUUGCGGAACCUGAACUCCCUCCUUGCCCACUCGAAGCCGAUCUCGCACAACUUAUACGAGUUCAUCCGAGCCAGAGAGAUCUUCGACAGGAUCGAGAGUUACAAGACCUUCCUGGAUGAUAUUCGCUCGUUGUUAAAGCCUGAUGGAGUUGUUGAGUUCCUGGAAAUUGAUCCGAGACCACGAAUUUUCAGUGGCAUUCAGAAGAAGGACGAGAACGAGAAGGCCGACAGACACAAGAGCAUUCCGCAGACUGACUGGACUGAUAACAUUGCAGACAGAUUCAAGAAUCCCCUCGAUGCAGAGCUUGCAACUACGGUGCCUGGCUGGACUGAGAGAGUCGCCGAGCGAUUGAAGGCGGUCAUGGCACCUCGAGAUGGGGUUGCGGCAGCAUGUCUGAAGUCCUGGUUCCAGGGAGCAGGCUUUUGGGAUGUCAAGCAGAUUGUCCUGCCGAUCCCCGUUGGAGGAAACACAAGAUCUGGUCAACUCAUGAAAGAGUAUGUUCUCUAUCAGACCGAGCUCGAAAACUGCAUUCCCAAGCUCUGCGAGGAGUUACCCACUGUCGAGAUUUCUGAGAUUGAAUCCGGAGCCUACUUCAUGAACCUCCACAUCGUCACCGGACGCAAGCCUCAUGAACCACGCCCAGGAGACCUCCUCAUCGACGGGUCCAGACAAGAGAUGACGGCAUCCAAAUACCACGCUAUGGCUCGUCACCACGAUUCCAAGACGUCGCAGUGGAAAAGAUACGAUUUAAAAGGCAAAUUGACGACGAUGAUGCAGAGUUUGACGACGCUGACUGGCGCUCCCACAUCUCUCAAUGAAUCUCCGACGCACUUGGGCUAUGGUGGCGCAGAUGCCAAGGAUCCAUUCGAAUCUCCACCCUUCGUGCCAGAGCAGCAGAUGCCAGAUGAGGUUAGGAAGAUGUCUAGUUCCAUGAUGAAGGCCAAGCAGUCUAGGUCAGAAUAG